AUGAAACGAAGUCUAGGUGGAGAAUCAGAGGAAAGACGUACCAAAGCAAAGGUACAACUGGGUGAACAAUCAGACUCAUCAUCUCAAGACAAAAUCAAAGCAGCCAAAGAAAGAAUACGUAAACUACAUCAACAACUGACACAACCGGAAAGAGAAGUUAAAAGUGGAUUGGAUAUUGAGCUUCAUCCAUUGCUUAGAAAUAUAGGAACAACAGUACAAUUGCCAAAAAAUCACAACCCCGUGAAACAAACAUCUCGAAAGAAAUGGUUUGAUCCCACAGCAUUAAAUCCUUAUGUUGAUCAAAGUGACAUAACUAAGAAACACACCAGAUUAUUAAAGUUCAAUAAACAAGGGAAAUUUAUUGCACAAGGUGAGAAAUUAAGAGAGAAAUUAAAAGUUGAAGCUGAGGAGAAACAGAAACAUGAAGAAUUGAAACAAAAAGGGUUACUACCAGAUCAUAAUCUAGGCGAAGAGUUGUACAAGCCUGAACAAUCACCAUCGAUCGAGUGGUGGGAUAAACCAUAUUUGAAGGAUAACAAUUAUUCCCGUAUAGGUGAUGAAUCAAGGGUUGUUUUGGAUAAUGAUGACCAACCUGUCACAUUCUAUAUUCAACAUCCUGCACUUGAUACAUCAAAUGCCGAAAAUGAUAAUGAAAUGAAACCGAUGUACUUGACUAAGAAAGAAAGGAAAAGAAUAAGAAGAAAUGAUCGUCAAAUCAGACACCAAGAGAAGCAGGAUAGAAUCAAAUUAGGCUUAGAUCCACCACCACCUCCAAAAGUCAAAUUAUCUAACUUAAUGAAUGUGUUAACUAAUGAAGCCAUCAAAGAUCCUACUGCUGUGGAAAAUAGAGUCAAACAAGAGAUGCAAGAACGAAUUAAUAAACAUAUGGCUGAAAAUGAAUCAAGAAAGUUGACAAAAGAAGAAAGACACGAGAAAUUAUUGACAAAGCAAGAAAAGGAUCUUAAUAAAGGUGUUUUCACAACAGUUUAUAAAAUCAAUAAGUUAACUAAUCCUAAACACCUAUUUAAACUUGACAUCAGUGCAAAAGAGGAAAACUUGUAUGGAAUAUGUUUAAAAAAUCCAAGAUUCAAUAUCGUUAUCGUUGAAGGUGGUGAGAAAUCCAUUAAUCAAUACAAGAAACUAAUGAUGAAUAGAAUAAAAUGGACACAAAGUCCACUGCAAGGUUCCACUGAAGAUUUGUCGCAAAAUAAGUGUGAACUUAUAUGGGAAGGGGCAAUUCAAGAACUAAAUUUCCAAAAAUGGAGUAUCAUGCAUUCUAGAAAUGACGAAGAAGCGCUUAAUGUAUUAAAGAAGUUUCAUCUUGAAAAAUAUUGGAGAUUAGUAAAUUCUUUAUAG